AUGGCCAAUCACAAAGUGCCGGUGCAUCUCAACGAUGCAAUCAUCCAAUCACGGCCUUCAACAUCAGCAUCCUUGUACGGGUCCGUUAAACAGCUGGACCCCGUCGGAGACAACUGGUCGAUUACGAACAACUCCAAAAUGCAAGAACACACCUUCCACAUAACAGAGGAAAGACUAAAGAAGCUGGUGUCGGAAGAGAAGAAGAGCAAGUACGGCCAGAACGAUCAGAGCUACCUAGCAACACUCGUUUGGGAUGGUGAUUAUCUCGAGUUAGCGAAAUAUAUUUCCGAGGAGUUUGUGGACGAGACGAAUGCGGUGGAGGGACGAAUGGAAGAAGGGAGUGGGAUGCUCGAUUUCGUGGUGUACAGGUUGAACGUCACGUUCGUGGAGUGGGAGAACAUGAAUGUGUGGGGGUUGGAGGUGAACGGGCGGGGACCCGUUUUUGCGGACUUGAGCAUUGACGGGGCGGGUGACGAAGGGGCUGUAGUGGUGGCGGCCCGAAAUGGAGGUGGGAGAAGCAUGAACGUGAUUUUGGCCGAGGACAGAUUAGGGCAACUGAAGAAUGAGCUUGUGGAGUACGGUAUACUGUAA